AUGUCUACUGUACCGACAAUUGAGCCGCGCGGGCUCGGUUUGGCUCAGCUCAUCACCUCUAUCCUGUUCGGCAUCCUUACUACUGUCGUUGUGUUUCUACGGACGUUUAUUCGUCUAAAGAACCGUGUUUUUGGAGCUGAUGACAUGUUGAUGGUCAUUGGAUAUAUCCUUUUUGCUAUCCUUGUCGGCGUAAGCUCUAAGGUUAUACCAUGGCAUCGCGUAGUUGCGUGGAUGACACUUGCUAUGGCUGUCAUUUGCGCCAUGAUUGUCUUCAUCGGCCUUUUCGUGCUCUGCAAGCCAUUGUCAGCAACUUGGAAUGGUGAUGGAAAAUGCUCACCACCUUCGACUUUGGCCAUUCUGGCUUGUUUUGUCUCGGCCUCCUCGAUAUUGACCGACAUUAUCUGUGCAGCGCUACCAGCAUUGAUGUUAUACAAAUCGCAGAUGAAACUAGCGACAAAGGUCUCCAUCAGUUUGGUGCUUGGACUCGGUGCCCUUGCAUCGGUUGCUACAAUUAUUCGGAUGCCAUAUGUCCUGUUUUACUUCCACCCUAAUCCGGACUAUCUUUAUCGGCAUAGCCAUGUUGCUCUAUGGAGCACCGUCGAAGCAGGAAUCGGCAUCAUAGCUGGUUCUCUCCCGGCGUUGAGGAAGUUUGUCAAACGUUGGAUCACAUUUGACAGCUCAGCUCGCCAAUACUCGCCCCCUAAGCCAUACGGGGGAUCGCAUGGGUUGGGUAUUACUAGCCACAUCGGAACCGGAAGCCGCGUGAAAGGGUACAACAUAUCGCGAGACGUUGAGAACGACGGCAAGGACCACUGGGAAGGUCUUGAUGAUGGCUCGUCUAGAAGAGGGAUUAUAGUUACCGUGGACGUGGAGAUGCAUACAUUGGAGAACAAUGCGGAGUCGAUAGGAUCUCGUGUUUCAGAUGAGACAUACGCAAGACAAGCUUAG